AUGGAGUACUUCUCCGCUGAUCUCUUCAUUCCUUGUGGUGGUCGCCCUGGUACUAUUAACAUUGGUAAUGUUGAUAAGACCAUGUUCAAUCCUGAGACUAAGGAGCUCAAGUUCAAGUAUGUUGUAGAGGGUGCCAACUUAUUCUUGACUGAUGAUGCUCGUCGAUAUCUUGAGGAUGCUGGUGUGCAGCUAUUCAAGGAUGCUUCCACCAACAAGGGUGGUGUUACUUCCAGCAGUAUGGAAGUGUUCGCCGCUCUUUGCAUGGACACGGCUGAUCAUGACAAGUUCCUGUGUUCUCGUGAUGAGACCAGUGCUCCUCCUGAGUUCUACGAACAAUACGUUCAGGAGAUUCUUGCCGCUGUCCGUCAUAACGCCAAGAUGGAGUUCAAUGGCAUCUGGAAGACUAACCAUGAGGUGAAGUAUCCUGAUGGAUCGAGGUAUAUUCGUAAGACUGAUGCAACCAUCUUAUUGUCGAAGAAGAUCAACGACAUGCAGUCUUAUAUCCUUGGCGUCCUCGAGGAACAUGAUCCUGAGAAUGAUUGGAUGGUUCGUGCUGUUCUCAGACGUUGUGUGCCCAGGUUGCUUCUUGUUCAUUGUGGUUUGGAUAAGAUUGUCGAGAACACUCCCGAGGCUUAUCUCAAUGCUAUGGUUGCCACUUGGAUUGCUGACGAGUUCGUCUACUCUAAUGGUCUACAGACUAGCGAGUUCGCCUUCUUCCAGUUCAUGCGCUCGCUCGAGGAAAAGUCCGAAGGUGAAGUUACCCCUUCCACUAUGUAAUUUACUAACUUUCUAUACACUAGCUAUAUAAGGCACCGUACAUCGGUAUCUGCCGAAUGUUUUUCUUAACGCUACAAAGAGUUUUUCCUCCCGCAUGUCUUAACGGGUAUACUAUCAAC